CCAUACUCUCGCGAGUCCCAACUCUCAUCUUUCGGCCAUUGACUCAUAUAUACCCGCAGAGAAUUCGCGGCUCAGUAAUCCGCGACAUCUCAAUCUUUGGUUUUAUCGCUCGGUUUCUCUCACAAACUAUGUCCUCCGCAGGGCCCAGCAGACCCCGCGUCGUCACCCUCACCGCUGAUCAGCUUCUUGGUACAAGCCUGACCCCCACUCGGCCCCAUAACAAGCACAAGAACAACAGCGCACCACGAGUGCUCACAAUUGAAGAUCUUCUAGGCUCCGGACUGACCGUCGCACGACCAACCUCGCGACCGGCAGUUCCACGAUCUUCCCCGAGACCUACCUCCUCACGGGCCUCUGGCUCCUCAAGUAAUCGCACUGCUCCAAAUCCACGCCUCGUGCGGGUCACUGCGGAUGAGGUGCUCAGAACAGGCAUACCUGUGCGCACACUGCAGGCGGUGAAGGCCCGAUCGCAAGUCCUCUCGGCCGAAGAACUCUUGGCAACUCCUAGUUCGCGCUCGUCUACUCAGCGCCCCGUUCAAACUCGGGGUCGCGCAACUGUAGCUCAGUCGGGCCCGGGGUCGAGUAGUGGGGGCAGCAGUGGCUCUACGGUGACUGGUGCCAACGCUGCUGGGGGAUCUUCGGCGGCGGCGGGCUCUCAUGGCACACGAUCAGCAGCUCCGCACGCGAGUCGUAACAACGAAGCCUCAGGACACUCUCAAAGUCGCAAUCCUCGUGCCGCUCGCCGUAGCAUGAGUCUGGGCUCUAUGCGAACGCUGCCCAUAUACACGCAGGAGCCCGGCGAUUCCGAGGUGGUCAUAGACCGUGGCGCGACCGAGCUCGAGGAUGACGACGAGAUCCCGAUAACGGUCAUGUCUCCAGUAGACGAGAGCGAGCCGAACGCAGACAAUUCCGCAAGCGCCGGCCCGACGUCCUCGCCGCCAGGUUCCCCCAGCGAGACGGAAGGAGCGUCGCCCAGUCGUCAGCUCAGUCCCAUUGACGCCAUGUCAUCUGUCGCGUCAUCUCUCCCAAACGACCUUACACCGCUGCCGCCAUGGACGUCUAUCUACGCAGACGCGGCUCCGUCGUACGAAGCGGCAAUGAGCACGCCAAACCUCCACAUCUAUCGCGAGCGUCAGGAUAACGUCCCGCUACCCCGCUUGACAAAUCCCGCGUUCAAUGGGCCACCUCUAGCCAUAACCACAUCCACCGCGCCCGUCCCUGUAUCUUCCUCGCCGGUACUUGGCUCUACGCUUUCACCCCCAGGUUCUUCGACUUUGUCCAGUCCUGACACGACCUCCCCGCGCCCUACGGUUCGAGUGGUAACCCCGCAAGCUCCGUCUGCCACCCGCGCCUCGCCCGGGUCGCGCAGUCCAGCAAGCCCAUCCAGCCCCUCUGGAGAGCGGGCAGACGGCGCCGAGACGCCGCGCCGCCGGUUCGGAUUUAUGUCCAUCUUCCACUCGCGCAGCUCCAGCCGCCUCCGCGCUCGUUCGCACUCGCACUCGUCGGCGCAAGGACCGUCGUCGAGCUCGGGGUCGGUGGCGCCCUCUCCUGGACGCGUCGCGUCGCCGGACUUGCUCUCGCCGCGGCCGACGCGGCCGUUCCAUCGCUUCUCCCAAUCCGCAUCCGGGUCGAUGCUGAACCUCCCCUCGUGCUCGCGCGCGGACAAUUAAAUAUCUUCUCCCACAUUAGAGUGUGCUCCCAUUCUCCUCCCUUCCCCACUCUGCUCCCCGCUUUAUUUACUGUAAUAUGUAUCACCACUCUAUGCACUCCCCUCAUCAUACCUAGCGCCUUUAGAGCGCUCGUCCCUUCAUGCUUCAUCAUUUGUACACAC